GACCGAGCUUGUUCCUGAAGCGCGCGACUGCGGCGACACAGAAUCUGGCUGCAUCAUGGGGUGCUGCUUCACUCAAUGCAUUCCAGACGACAAAAUGGUGUCUCAGUUUGAAGCUGAGCUGAAUGAGGAUGUCCACGUGAGCGUGAACAAGCUGCAGAGCAAGAAGAGCACGUUCUCGGGCCAUGCGUCGUUGUUGCGUGCGGACGAAGUGCACUGCUCGCAAGAGAUCGGAAAAGGUGACUCGGGCACCGUGUACAAAGGAACGUAUCGCGGAAGCACGGUCGUCGAGAAACGCAUGACGAUGUCAAGGACCAAAGCAAGCGAGGCCAUGGAAAAGUCGCUGGAAGUUGUGGCAUCGCGCAUGAGCAGUCUGCGCCACCCCAACACUGUUUUAUUCAUGGGCGUGUGUCUGCGCGACCAGUCGUUCUGCAUCGUCAGUGAGUACUGCGCCCGUGGUUCGCUGUAUGAUAUCCUGCACACGUCACAACCAUCCCAGCUCCACACCAUGCACAAUAUGACGGACGGUAUCAAGGAAGACAAAGAGGCGUCGGAGAGUGGGCUGCACUGGAACCUGCGCUGUCGGUUGGCGCUGGGUGCCGCCCGGGGACUCCUUUACCUUCACAGCGCGACCCCGCCGUUGGUCCACGGCCAGCUUACAAGCGCGAAUAUCUUGGUCGACGACUCGUGGAAUGCGAAAUUGGCGGAUUUUGGAACGAGACAGGUGUUCCAGGCCGUGCAAUCCAAGCCACGGCAUCCGGCCAAAGCCACGGGCCGGUUGCCCUACUGGACCGCACCAGAAGUUCUCAAGGCCGUCAGCGACAAUAUCGACAUGACAGCCGAAAACCCCCAAGGCGCCGACAUUUACAGCCUCGGGUUGAUCCUGUGGGAGCUCAUGUCAGGUGAAGUGCCCUUUGCCGAAUGCGAAGACUACAUUCAGCUGCGCAAGUGCGUGCUGUCCGGUCAGCGCCCAGCCAUUCAAAGUGGAUCGACGUGUCCUUUAACUUGGACCCAACUCAUCACCAAGUGCUGGUCCCAGAACCGGACGAGGCGUCCGUCGGCCGCCCAGGUCGUCGCGACGCUCGAAGAAAUGCUGCGAUCGGAACCGAUGAUGAAAAAACCGUCUUCUCGAAGAAAACGGACGGCCAAAGCUCGAUCCCGGCGGCAGAAACUUUAAUAGACGUAUGACAAAUCCAAACGGGACAUGUCAAGUCGUGGACCGAGCGCUCCAAUCCCUUUCAAAACCAACGAAAGCCCAGAAGUCACCGUUGUCGCGGGUCGUGGUGAGCGGUACCGCAUUGUUUGCGAUCAAACAACUCG